AUCUUACUCAAUCUCACAAAGACUGAGCCUGCUUAUUACGGGUUUUAUUUUCCCUUGGUAGCGUCCAAUGUUCGAAUCGACCCUCAACAAAAACCACGCCGGGCCGCCACCGCACCUCCAAGAUUUUGAACCCCUAUAGAUCUUACCAGCCUUAAGAACCUAGAAUGCGACCUCUCGCAAACAAACUGCCAUCCUCCAUCCCACUCCGACCAAGACAACCAUGUCGCCAAGUCCGUCCCCAAAAACGCUACAAUACUCAAUCCACCCCCGAACCGCCACCGAACAAAAGACCCCAUGAACCUCCGCAAUCGCAGUCGCAAUCGCAACCACAAAACCCCUCCUUCUCCUCCUCCCCACCACACCCCCAGCCGUCCGGCACAGUCGCCUCCUCCGCCGGUGCGUCACCGGCGCCAUUGCGCGCGCGGUCUCUGCGCGAGGUCAUAUACGCGGGACCAUUGGGGAGACUUGGGCGGGCGUAUGCACGGAUUCAGGAGCGGAGGCCGUAUGCAACGCAGUUGUGUAGUUCGGUGGUGAUUUAUUUGUGUGGGGAUUUGAGUGCGCAGAUGUUGUUUCCGUCGGAGGUGGUUAGAAAAGAGGGUGAAGGUGAAGGUGAAAUAGUGGAGGGGGGAGGGUAUGAUCCGUGGAGGACGAUGAGGCAUUUGACGGUUGGGGUUGGGUCGAGUAUUCCUUCUUAUAACUGGUUCAUGUUCCUCCACAACAACUUCAACUUCCCCUCGAAAUUCCUCUCCAUCCUUACCAAAGUCUGCGUCCAACAAGCCGUCUUCACCCCCGUCUUUAACACAUACUUUUUCUCCGUACAGUCGCUGCUCAGCGGCGCCUCGUUUGAAGAUACAUAUGAGCGAUUGAAGAAGGCGCUCCCCGUGAGUGUGACCAACAGCGUGAAGCUGUGGCCUGCUGUUACCGCGUUUAGCUUUAUGUAUGUGCCGCCGCAGUUCCGGAAUGUAUUUUCGGGAAUUAUUGCGGUGGGGUGGCAGACGUAUUUGUCGUGGUUGAAUCAGAAGGCUGCGAGGGAGGUUGAGGUUGCUGAGAUGACUGCUGCUUCUGCUUCUGCUUCGGUUGCGGUGGCGGCUUGAUUAUGAUAUCUGGCAUAUAGACUAUAGAACUUGUAUAUAGUGUAGAUAGACCAAUAGACUGCAUAUCACUGUGUCC